AAGUACCGAACCAUCAAAGCCAUCAAAAUGCCUACGCGAGACGAUUUGAUGCCAGGUCAAGACCCACCAGAGCCAACCCCAGAGAAUCUACCGUACGGGGAUGACAUAGACUAUCAGUUGAGCAUGCUCAUGUACUGGCUAGACGAAAAGGAGCUGACCUACAGCGAGAGCGCAAGACUGUAUAGGCUAAAGUUUCCGGGUGAGACUGGCACUGACGAUACCGUCCGCAAGAAGCAUUACAACACCUUGAUACGGCUGGCAAGGAGACACGGAUUGAGACCCGAGGAAGAUCUUGGGGAGCCGGGCAAGAACGUUCUGCGUCGUGGUAAGCAGGCUGGUCACAAGUACAAUACCAUUGGUGGCAGGGUCGUCUAUGCCGCUGGUGGUGAUCCUCUUGUCGACGGGGCAGCUCGGCGAAAGAGGGUCUCUGAGCCAUUGGCGCAUCGAGGGUUCCUGAAGGCGUGCAUCUGUGUCUGGAAAGACACCUCGGAUGUUAGCUUUGAGCAGAUCCAGCAGAGGCUGGCGGAGGAGUAUAAUUGGAUCAUGCGUGCAAACACUGUCCAGAAACUGUACUACAGCGAGCGUGCACGAGUUUAUGACAUGUAUGGGGAUGCUGGU